AUGGCUGCCAUAAACAUGAUUUUCGAGCUCAAACCGUAUCGAACCAACUGGAAGUUUAAGGCUAAGAUUCUACGUCUGUGGAAACAAAAGUCACCAUAUGGUGCAACAUUGGAACUUAUCCUUGCUGAUUCAAUGAAAAACAAAAUCGGGGUCACAAUCAAGAAACAAUUUUGGUCAGAGUUCCAGAACGUUUUCUCUGAAGAAGACACAAAACUGAUUCGAAAUUUCUCAGUCAGUCAAACUGUGGGUGCUUAUAAGAGCACUGACCACACCUACAAGAUAUNNUUUUUCCAAAANACGUCAGUUGNGGAAUGUGAUCAAUUACCAGACACAUUAACUGGCUGGCGUUUUGCUAACUNUAAUGACAUUACUAAUGGGACAUUGGGAAUCGAGUAUUUGGUUGAUGUGAUUGGCCAUAUUGCCAACAUUACGGAUCUUCAAACCUUUGAAAAACAUGAGAAAGAAACCAAGAAACUUAUAGUUAUACUCAGCAAUUCAGAAAAUCAACGAUUCUCCUGCACACUCUUUGGAAGUUACCCUGAGACAGUGAACGACUAUGUUUUUCUCGACUCAACACAUCGAGAAGUUGUGGAGUUUAGGGCUAGCCUACCACAAGNUGGACUUGCUUUAGCCAUUAUUGAACCCAGGCAAUUGUCAUCUUGCUCUUGUGCUACUGAGGAUUUUUUCAUGGAAAAUCCUCCAAAACCUCUAGGAGAGAUUCGUGAAUCUCAGGAGGAAGAGGAAGAUGAGUUUCGUACGGUCUUCUUUUGUCCAAAGUGUGAUGGAGAGGUUAAGGAUGUUGUCCCAAGGUUCAUGCUGCAUUUACGUGUUAAGGACAACAGUGGAGAAGCAACAUUUGUCCUUUUUGAUAAAGAUGCCAUGCAGAUUGUCCACAGGACAGCCGCAGAGCUCACUGAAACUACAACUGAGAAUGGCGAUCCCACAAAUUUACCUCNUGCUCUAACUCUGUUGAUUGGACAAAAANUUUUGUUCGUUAUCAAUGUUGAGCGUGCUAACGUCGUUUGGAAACAUGAUAGCUUCAAAUUACUUAUGAUUGCAAGAACCACAACAAUGAAUCAGGUGUACAGAGCUAUGAGUCAGACGCUGAGCAAUGGUGAUAGCUCACAGGGAGGAGAUAGUGUCAAUCAGGAACCUCUGCUACUUACACAUUCUGAGAAGACUCCAGAUUUGACUCCAUCUUCGAAACGUAAAGAGAUGGAAGUAAAAACUGAUGAUGAGAAAACAGAGGAAGAUAAAAACGUANAGUUGACUCCAUCUUCGAAGACUGUAGAGAUUGAAGUGAAAUAUGAUGANGAGAAANCAGAGGAAUGGAAAAUUCCAAGAUAUGCACCAGAUCAAAACUCAGCAUCAAAGAGAAUUUGUGUUCCCUUCGUCAAGAUAGAGAAGACGGAGUAG